GUUACAAAAGCAAUCGUGUGACUCAAAACCCUAAUAACAAGACCGUCGCUCGCGGCUACUGCUUCCUUUCUUUUUGGACCCCCGCGCGAUCAUCUCCGCCGCGCGGCGCCCUCCAAAAGGAAAAAAAGAAAGAAACGCUAAUAACUAAUCAGCAUGGCGUCCGGCCUGGACUUCCGCUUCUUGGACGAAGGCGUCGGCGGUGCGAAGAACAAGCGGAAGCGGGUGGAAUCCGAGGUCGGCCAGGACCGCGACGACGACGGCCGAGCCUCCUCGUCCAUGGACCUCGACGCUGGCGGGCCGCCGCCGUGGAAGCGGGCCGCUCUGCCCUCUCUGGAGGACCCGGACAAGCCUGCCUCCUUCGGCCGCCCCACGUACGACGGCGUCAUCGCCGGCAGGGUCUCCGGCCGCAAGUGGAAGCAGGCGCGCGCCCACCGCGCUUCCGCCGUCGCCGCCUCCCGCCGCGGCAAGUCGCUGGAGCUGCGCACCAUCGAGAAGGAGACGAAGCGGGCGUAUCGGGAGCGCAUGGCCGAGCUCAAGGAGAAAAUCCGCCAGAGCAAGGAGAGUAAGAGGAAGGCGAGGGAGGAGAGGGAGAAGAGGAAGCAGGAGAACAUCCUCAGAUCCGGCACCAAGUUGCAGAAAAUCACCAACCCCAAGACCCUCAAGAAGAUUGCCAAGUCCAAGGACAGGAAGCUCCUGAAAGUGGUCCCCGAUGAGCUGCUGAGCAAGAAGGACAAGAAGAAGAAGAAGAAGAACGAGGACUAGCGAAAUGUCCCUUGGUGAAACCCGAUCAACCUUAUCCUCCUUUAAAUUUUGUGUUAUCAUGACUCAUGAGAGAGUUUAGUUUCCCGUGUUAUUGCUAGCUCUAACUCGCAUACGGGAUCUGCGUAUUUUACAGUUUCUUAAAAAUUAUAAUAUGUUGCCCUGGGCAGCACUUCUUUAACUAAAUUGUUCGAUAACGCUUUGUAUGUCUGUGUAGUAGAACUACUAUCUUAGCAUGCGCCUUACAA